AGCUUCUUUGUCCACGCUAAUAUAAGAUCCACCGAUUUCACGAUUUUUCGAUCGAGAUCAUACUCAGGACUCACAACAGCGAAGAGGAAUCAAGUUAAAGGAUACUUCCAGCAACCCUUUACUGACGGUCAUUGAGGAGAGAGAACGUCUGCAAAUAAACCAAUAGGGCUUCUAUGGGAAAACGACAAGACACACAUCAGAGCUCAGAGGAUUUUAGUUUAAAAAAGCGUCACCAAAUUUGAAUUUAAAACGAGUACAAUGAAGGCGAAUUUUUCAGUGGCUGAAAACAAUUCGACUUUCCAUGAAAUACUUUGUUCAUCCUACUUGACAAGUGAGCAUCAAUAUAUACUACUGCCCAUAAAUUUAUUCAUAUCCAUCACUGCUUUUCCUGGAAAUGUCCUGAUAAUCAUUGCGCUCCAAAGAGUAUCUUCGCUUCAUCCAUCAUCGAAACUUUUAUUCAUUUGCCUCGCUAGCACGGAUGUUUGUGUAGGGGUCAUAUUGCAGCCUCUAUACAUAAGCUAUUUUAUGUCACCAGAUAACUCUAUUCCGUGUUAUUACAUUGGAGAUGUGUCUUACAUGCUAACUUUCAUAUUUUGCGGUGUAUCCUUGCAAACAUCGACUGCAAUAAGUGUGGACAGACUUCUUGCCCUCUUACUGGGUUUAAGAUAUAGGCAUACCAUAACCUUGAAGCGAGUGUGGAUCUUCGUAAUUGCAGCCUGGUUUACAAGCAUUUCGAAUGCAAUAUUAUACUAUUACCAGGAGGCUGUUCCCAUGUACCUCGCUUGUAUAGUAAUGUUAUCGAGCAUAACAACAUCAGCAUUCUGUUACGUGAAAAUCUAUCGUGUCCUUCUUCAUCACCAAACACAGAUACAAGAACAUCCUCUUAAAGAAGUACCAAACCGAGGAAGCCGUCUGCUGAACAUUGCACGAUACAAGAAAACAGUUUCCAGUGCAGUGUGGAUCCAAGCCGCCAUACUGAUUUGCUAUCUGCCGUUUGUUAUAAUGACGACAAUAUAUACUAUCAGUGAGGAAUAUACGCCAAUCAUCGCCUUUCUUUUGGAUUUGACAGUAUCUUUCGUGCAGUUAAAUUCGUCUUUGAAUCCAGUCCUUUAUUGUUGGAAAAUAAGGGACGUACGACGAUCAGCCAAGAUUUCAAUCAGACGUUUAUUCGUCGCAUGUUGUUAGCGGAGUCGAACGAAAAACUCUCAACCUGAUUCGCACAACAUGUGGGAAACAAUGAAAAACAAAAAAAUAUUAAACUUGCAACAGCAAGGUUCAUAAAAAAUUGAUAUCUUGGCUGGAAGUUGUUGGAUGGAUCGAAGUUUUGUUCGACCGUAGGGAGCUACAACUCGCUCGACGUUCAUGGAAAUUUUGAAAGUUUGAUUUCAUUUCAUCACCGUGAUACAACUUUAAACAUAUUGUGGCGGAAAAGCCCAAGAGAGACAGUAAAGGAAAAUAAACUCCAUUAUAAUUUAUGUUGGUAGAUACUUUUACAAAUCAUAAUCAGGCAAUUCACGUUUAUGGAAAGCAAAAAUUAAAAGAACUGCGUUUGAUGUA